AUGCACACUCCGCCGACUCCCUCUUCCGCCCGGCGCGCUUUCAAGCGCCGCCUGGCUCCAUGGGACGAGAACGACGAUGCGCUUGUCCUUCCCCCUGCCGUUCCGCCGACUCCAAGCUCAGUGCUGCGGUCCGCGCAGUGCCUCUCCGCCUCCCCCGCAUUCCCGCGCCUUGCGCCCCCUCCGACUCCGCUGCUUCUCGAGGAGGUCGACAGCGACAGCACCUGCAGCAGCCCCGUAAACCCCCACCGCGUUCCGCAAACCCCCCGGCUUUCCGCUCAGCCCACGAGCGCCCCUGCGGAAACGCCAGCGGAAGAUUCGCGCAAGCGCCAGCGCGCGCAGCCCUCACAGGUGCAGCGGCUUGAGGAGGUGUUUCAGGCGGCGGUAGCGCCGCAGGAAGGAUCCGCGCAUGGGGGAAAGGCGCAAGCAGGGGGGCAAGUUGUCGUGUCCCCGGAGAGGCAGUGGCAGCUGGCGGCGGAGCUGGGGCUUCUCCCCCGACAGGUCUCCGCGUGGUUCCAGACGCGGCAGCUGGAGUGGCAGGCGAAGCAGGGGGAGGCGGAGCUGCGGAAGAUGCGCGCGGCGCACGCGGGAUUGGCGGAGCAGUGCUGCGAGAUGCGGAACGACUACGAGCUGCUGAAGGGGGACUACGCGCAGAUGCUGCUACACAUUGCAAAGAUUCUCAACAAGAUCACGCAAAUCGAGAAUCUCCUUAACGCGGACGAGAAAAAAUCGAAGGCACGAAGCCCGUAUGUCCGUAAAGAGCUGAUUUCCCAUCCGCAUCAGACGGGCGCGGAUCAGAAUAGACACCGCGCGGAACGAGGUGAUCAGAAGGGGAUUGUGAUGGAAAUGGCGCAGGAAACCGCGGCUUGCGCGCAAUAUGUGAUGGAGUCACCUGCGGACGACAAAUCCCAGUGGGGAGAGGAAGCGGAGCAGCUCGUUUCCGUUUCCGCUUCCGCAGACACCAUAGGCAGCGACGGUGGAGCUCCGCGUGCGGACCUUUCCUCCCCGCAGGGGGGUGAAGGCGAUCUCUCCGGCACGUUCUUGGAUGAUUUCGAGGAGCUUUCGGGCAGUUUGGGCGGGCAGCAAGAUUUCUUUGAGGCUGCGACUGCAGCGGCGGAAGCUCCUCUGAGAGAGAUGGGUCUCGGGGAGGCGCAGCAUCAGGGGCUGGCGCAGCAUCAGGGGGUGGCGCUGCAGGCGCAACAUGGGGCGCAGCAAAAGCCAGAUAGAGCGCAGCAGCAGCGCCAAUCGGAGGCGCCGCACCUGGGGGAGGUGCAUUAUAAGGACGCGCUUUUGGAAGAGGCCUCAGCUCAGGAGGUGACUGGGGCAGGAGGAAAGGAGGCAGAAGAAACAUAUGAGGUGCAUCUGCGCGCCGCGGAUGCUUCCGCGCGCACGCCAACCUCCCCCAUGUCCCCCUUCUCCAUGGGCGGAAACGCUUCCCCCGGUUUAGACCAGCUCAUCGCCAGCGUCGCGCGGGGGGGGCAGCAGGGGCAGCAGGCGCAAUCACUGGCCAGCCUCGCCGCCGCGCUCGGCGGGCUUGGCGGGGGGGGACGCGGAAGCGGAAGCGGAAGGGCUGGCGGAACCGGCGGGUUAGGCGCAGCGGGGGGAAGGGGCGGCGGGGGGAUGAACGCGGCGGCGAUUGCCGCGGCGUUGGGGGCAUUGGCUGCGCCGGGGACCCCCGGGACUCCGAGCACCCCGCCAUCCCCGUCAGUGCAAGAUAUUGUAGCGAGGCUUCAGCUCUUAGCGGAGCUUCAGGCGGUCACCGGCGUGGCGCGAUCGCCGUCGACCCCGCCAAACCCGCUUCUGCAACAGCAGCAGCAGCAGCAGCGGCAGCAGCAGCAGCAGCAGCAGCGGCAGCAGCAGCAAAUGGGGCAGCGGUUGCCUCCGCAGCAGCCGCAGCGAAUGCAAAUGGACGAGCAGCAGCAGCAGCAGCAGCUGUUGGAUCAGCUCGUAACGGCCCUCACAGGCGGAGGGGGAGGCGGAGGAGGAGGGGCGGGACGUGGUGGUGGGGGAGGAGGGGGUGGAGGAGGGGCUGGGGCAGGAACAGGGGCAGGAGGAGGAGGGGGAGGGGGUGGAGGGGGGUUGGGAGUGGUUGGGGAUUCGCCAAGACAGAAUGCGCUGCUGAACCAGCUGCUCGGCGCGCUAGGCCAGGCCACUGCUCCGCGGGGAACGCCUCCGCAGCCCCGCCCGCGCCAGCAGCAGCAGCAGCAGCAGGCGCAGCAGCCGCUGCUGCAGCGCGCGCAGCAGUCCGCGCUUCAGCCUCCGCGGCCGGGGGGAGGCCCUUCCCCUUCCGCGGCGGCAGCUGCGGCGGCGGCGCUAGCAGCGGCGGCGGGAGGCGGGGACGGGGACAAGUAUGGGGUGCUGGAUAUGCUGCUGUGCGAGGCCUUGGCCGCAAAGCUGCAGGGACAAAGCCCGUCCGCGCCAACCAACCCCUCCCCCCUGGAGCGCCGCCAGUCCUCCUCGCGGAACCCCAGCUGGAAGGCGGGCGCGGGCGGAAGCUCCAAGGGGGGCGCGGGCGGAGGAGGCGGAGAAGGCGCAGGGGGAGUCGGCGGGGGGAAGGGCGGAGCGGAUGAGGGCAUGGGGAGGGCGGAUAGCGCACCUGAGGCAUCCGCGUUUAGCGUCAGUCAGGAUAGUAGCACAAGACCAACAGCAGAGGCAGCAGGCGGAGGGGGAGGUGGAGGCGCAGGGGGAGCUAGGGUUUCCGCCCAGGCCCCCGUUUCCCCAGGGCGGGGGGGGAUUGACCUUCCGCGCUCCCCCACCUCCGCCGCCUCCCCUGGUGGCGGAAGCGACUCCCAGGGGGAUCUUUUGAACCAGCUGCUGCAGCAGAAGCAGCAGCAGAUGCGCCAGCAGGGGGGGGGCGGGGGAGGGGGAACGGGGGCGUUUGGGGGAAGCCAGCCGCGCCAGAUGGGGGGGAAGCAGGCGCAGUCCAGUAGCAGUGGCGCGGGGAUAGGCGCGGGGGGGAGCAGCAGCGGCGCUAAGGGCGGAAAGGGCGGAAUGUCUGUAGAGGAAAAGGUACUGGCGGAGUUAGUAGCAGCAGCGGCUGCAGGGAAGGGGAAGAUGGGGGAGGCGUGGGGGUCUAUUCUCGCCCAGGCGCAAGCGGAUCUGGGGAACAUCGAGCUCUCUGAUUCGCUGGGCGCGGAAGGGGGCGGGCGUGGGGGAGUGGGGGGCGUGGGGAACGGCGGGGGGGAGGAUAUGCAGGAGGGGAGCCGAGGAGGCGGGGGAGGGGAGAUGGAGGUGGAUGGAAAGGGGAGAGGGACAGGAGCGAGUGGUGGGGGAGCGUUAGAGGAGUCAGCUCAAAGCAGGCCGGGAACAGGGCAAAGCCGGGGAGGGGGAGCAGCAGCAGCAGCAGCAGGAGGAGGAGCAGGAGGAGCAGCAGGGGGAUUAGGAGGCAGGCAGGCCACCAGCGAGAAAAAUAUAUUUAAUCUCCAAGCGAGUGCAGUGAAUGAUCUUUUAGAGGGGAUAAACAUAGCGGGAUUCGGCCUGAAUCUGGACACAUUAGAGUUUGACACGUCAGAAUCAGGCCAGUCCAGCUCAGUAUGCAUGAGCCCUGCCACAGCCGCAGAAGUCUCGGGCAGCAGAGCAAAACUUUCCUCCGCCAUGAGCCCUGCGGGGGCAGCAGCGGCUGGCAGCAGCCAAAAUCUUUUCGCGGGGAUGACCUCUAGGAGUCUCAACUCCCUUUCUCUGAAGAAAAACACCCCUGUGGGAGCCUCAGGCUCCCGUAGCGGCAUAGACGCAAAAGGAGGGGGAGUGCCCCUAGGGGGGGGUGUUCUAGGGGGUCCCCUGGCGGGUCGCGCUUCCAGCCUGAACGCUGCUCCCUCCCGAACGUCUCUACAGGACCCGAAUGGGGUCCCCCUGGGGGCUGGGUCUAAUGGGGAGCCCCUAGGAGCAGGAGGGUCGGCAGCAGGGGGAGCAGCAGGAGGAGGAGGAGGGGGAGGGGGAGGUGGGAGUGGGAAGGAGAAGGCACAGGGGCGGCCGGCGGGGUGGCACGUGGGGCUGGAGCUUCUUCCCCUAGACACGCCUAUAGGGGAUAUGCCUUCCACCGAGGUGUUUGAAAACUCUGGGAAACGCAGCCGCGUGGCUCUCUCUCACAUCCGCACCUCCAGCGGCAGCUCCUCCCUCCCAGAAUCCGAGCAGAAGCAGCUGUUAGAGUUUGCCAGAAGCAGUGGUGUGCUAGGGAACAGCCCGGGUGGUCCGGGCGGGGGUGGUGGGACUCCUGGCGGGGGUGCUGCUGGGCUGGCGGGCGGGUCGAAUUGUUCGUCUGCCCGGACGCUCAGUCCUGCGCUGAGCACGGAUUCCGGGCGGUCAGGUGGGGGGGAGAGCCCAGCUGGUGCGGCUGUUGGGGGGGGAAGUGGGGGGGCCCAGGGGGAGGCGUCUGGGGGAGAGGCGAAGAAGCAGAGGCAGAAGCGCGGGACGGCCACGGAUCCGCACUCAGUGGCAGCACGGCUUCGCCGGGACCGCAUCAGCCAGCGCAUGCGGGCGCUGUAUGACCUGGUGCCGAAUGCACGCAACACAGACACGGCAUCGAUGCUGGAUGAGGCCAUUCAAUACGUGCGCUCGCUGCAGGAGCAAGUGCAGACUCUGAAGAAGGAUAAGGGCGAGAGCCAGGGGACCUCGUCGGUCGGCACGGGCAGCCUGGGCCGGCCGGCAGACAGCAGCAAUGAGGGCGGCGAGGGCGGCACGAGCAGGAGCGCAGGGCAACAGAGCAUGGGGCAGAGCAUGGCACAGAGUAUGGGACAGAACCUCGCCCAGGCUGGGUAUGGAGGUACGGAGGACGGGUUUGGCUCGGAGAAUGAGGUAUGGGACGGGAGUGCGGCGCCUUCCCCCAUGGGCAGCGGAAUGGGCAGCGGAAUGGGCAGCCGAAAGGGUUCCAUGCAGCUUCUGGCUGAACAGCAAGGGAGUGGGGAGUUUGGGGGCGUGGGGCGGGUUGGAGAUGGGAAGGUGGAGGGAGGGUUGAGAGGGGUUGGGUUGGGUGUGGAAGGGUACAUGAAGGCUGAGCCAGAAAAUGAUGAUUUUGCUGAAGUUCAGGAGCUGGAGCUGGAGCAGCAGCAGCAGCAGCAGCAGCAGCAGCAGCAGCAGCAGCAGCAGCAGCAGCAUUAUAGUCACAACCAUCACAGUCACCAUGCACAUGCGCUAGCCCCCUCAGGCUCAGAUGUGGGUGUAACGGGUGCUGCUGCUGGCCUCUCACCACUAGUAGCGACAGCAGCAGUGGCUCCUGCUCAUGGGAGUGCUUUGGCAGGGGCUACUGGGGUGCUUGCGGCUGGUGGUUUGGUGGAUGGGGCAAAGGGCAGUAACCACGGUGCGCUUGUAACGGAAGCUGGUGGUGUUGCUGGUUUGGAGACUAUGAUAGUGGGUGGUGCGGAGGUGGAAUGGCCGAGUGAGAUUGAGUUGACUUUGGAAGAUAUGAACAUGGUGGACCUUGGUGGGUGGGACUUUGACUCCUGA